UUUCUCGUUGUAACCUGCUGCCUACCGCUGCUGGUGUAUUUUGUGUAGAGAUAAAGGAGCAACGGGUCUUAUUCUUCCAAGGAAUCCAAUCUGGUAGAUUCAACGACACCAAAAACAUAAUCUUCGAGAAUUGAGUCUCUUAGAUUUUGCUCCACAACUCCUUGAUUCUUUUAUAGUAAGUCACUUUUUCAAUCCACCCAAAGACGCCAUUUUUAUUAUCUUCGUGUUUGUUAUCUCUAUCCUCACGGCUCUUCAACUUGGCUUUGUUGGAGAUUGGUCUUUUUCAUUAAUGGGUUAUGAAUUGUUGAGGCUUUUCCCAAAUGGGUAUAGCUUGGAGUUCAUCAUCAUUUCGCAGAGUAGGUCUAUCUAUCGGCAGAUGAGUUUUUUUUUUUAUGAAAUAGGAUGUGGGCGUUCUUCGCUGAUUUUUCCAUUGGCAAUAUAAGAUAGACCGCUUUCUAUUUGGCAUUAGUUCAGAUUUCUGGUUUGUUUCCUCAAUGGAGAACGCUGUAUUUAUGGUCUUGCUUAUAAUGUUGGAUGUGUUUACGAGUUGUUUUUAACUGGCAUUGGUUUGAUUGGUAAAUUUAGCCGCCUGGUGCUUGUAUCGUGUUUUGGAUUGAUUAGUCUUCUUGGAUAAGAGAGGUUUGCUUUGAAAAUUGCCGCAGAAGUAUAAGGGAAUUUUGCCAUUGACCACGGUUUUGUGGUUUUUGAAAAAUUGGGCUCGUGUAAAUUGAGAUCAACGGGAAUUUCUGUUUCUUUUUCUCGGUGUUUGAGCGUUUCAGCUCGGUGGGAAUGGUGCUUACUCUGUGAUUCAUCAUUGGUCCCAAAUGUUAAAGGUUAUUUGAUUUUGUUCAUUUCUCGAUUUUUGAAUUCAUGGAAGUAGUGUUCUUGAGGUUUACAGUGGUGAGAGCUGGAACAAGAAAGAAACUUUGUUUUGUGAAACUUGGAUAAAUUUGUUUCUUCGGUGGAGUACAAAUGGAUCUGUUGGUUGUUGCAGCAGCAGCAGCCGCUGGCUACGCAGCUAAAUAUUGGCAGAAUCUUUCAAGAGGAAGGGAUAAUUUAGCAGAGUUGUCUUCAGGGGAUGUCAAAUAUGCGAAGCCUAAUUCUCCCAGCCAUCCCUUGCAGAGAUUGCCACGGAGAAAGAAACUAAAAGAAAAUAUUUCUACAGAUAAAAGAAAAAAGGCAGAAGGGAAAUUUUCAGAUACUUAUCAAUCCGAUGGUGCCUUAGAAAUAGAAGUGACCUCCACUAGUGGACAAAACUAUGGAAAUUACAGUGACUAUAAUGCAUUUUCUUUGUCUUGUCUACAACCUGGGUUCUCGAUGGAUGAAGAUCCCAAGGAAAAAGAAGAUUUAAGUGAGUUGAGUGGUCACGUUGGGGAUGCUUGCAGUGAGCCUUCUAUAAGUGAAAUAGAAAUGGGUUCUUUUCAUGAUUCUGUUAGGAAACUAAGUUCUAUCAGGAAUAGGAGGCCAUAUGGACAUCCUCCCAAACCCUUGAGUUCUUUAGAAAGUUGCUUCAUGGCCCAACUAUACAAAGAACACAUCAAGAUGGAAGAGUAUGUACUUAGUUCCCUUCCAUCACCAUCAGCACCAACUAUGAGACCAUUGCUAGUGACUGAUGGAAGGCAAAUAAUCAGUAGAGUAAAGGUUCAUUCUUUCAGUAGGCAGCCGGAAACUAGGGAUAAGAAGCUCAGUAAAGAUGUCCAUUUGGGGAAGAAUAAAUAUGUGUUUGGGAUUCCACCACUACCAAAAAUUGAUUCUUUGGAUCUCUCAAAGAAAAUGAAAUGUAAAACAGCCAAGGGGUGUGGUGGUGGAAAAUUAAGCAAUUUCAGCAAGAUGGUCACUGGAAAGAACUUCUGUUCGCAAGAUUUGCAGAAUGGAACAGUUCUAUUCUCUCUGGGAAUUUCUGUCGGGAUAGUAGCUUCCUUGAUAGCAAAUAAAACGGAAGUAGACAAGUUGAAAGAACUGCUAAAGCAAACAGAGAACUUGGUGCAAGAUCUACAAGAGGAACUUGAGAUGAAAGAUUCAUUAACAGUAAGGGAGCUAAAUGAUGAAAAGGAUGGGGAAACAUUAGAAUCUAUGAGUAAAAUUGAAGCAGAGCUUGAAGCUGAAUUUGAGAGGUUGGGACUCAAUGUCAACACAUCUAGCUUGGAGAUAAGAUUGUCUGAUAUUAUUGAGCUUGAACCUGACUUUGUAGCAGAUUUUGCCCAAGGUGAAUUGAGAGUUAACAAACUCAAUGGGCAAGUUGCUCUAUCUGAAUCCAAGAAAGAAGCCAGUGACACAUCCACAGUCCACUCUUGCAAUUGUGCAUUUUCCCCCCGUGAACUGAGCUUGCGUCUGCAUGAAGUUAUUCAAUCUAGACUCGAAGAACGUGUGAAAGAGCUUGAGGGAGCACUUCAAGAGAGCCAGAGGAAGUUGGAGUUCAUGGAAUCACAGUGUAGGAAUUCAUCAACAAAUUCGUGUACAAAUGGAGAAGCCCGCUACAUCCUCCCCCAAGAAAUUCCAACCAGGGAACAGGAAUCCAACUCAAUGGUCGAACCUCUGGUCAUGAAUUUAUCAGGGGAAGCCCUAGACGCAUACAAUGAGGCUUAUGAAGAGUUGAUGAAGCUAAAUGAGUCAGAAGAAGAGGGUUCACCAUCAACGAUAAAGGAGAACAACCAAGACUCAUUUGACAAAGGCACUUCGUGGGCACAAAGCUCCCUCAUAAACGGUUCAUUAUCUAACAAAGAUAAAACAUAUUUUUCUAGCCAGCUAAGAAAUAUAGAAGUUCCAUCGUCGAGUAUUCAGGAGCUCCUACAAGUUGGUGGUGGCGCAAGCAAAGAUCAAAGCAGUGACUGUGAUGAUGAUGAGAUGGAGAAGAUGCUGAUACAACAAAUUGUGGAGAGAACCAAGAAAGGUUCACCUGUAGUAAUGGAUGCACACAGGGUACUGCUUUCAAUGACUGAAAAUGAGAAUUGAAACUAAACAGAAGGCAAA